AUGGCCCCGAGUCGUUUGUUCCGGGGAUCGAUCGCUACUCAGAUCCUUCGAUUCAAGUUGAUAUCUAAGACCAAAGAAUUGAAUCCUGAUCUAACUCGAGGAAUUACCUGCGCCUAUCUCAAAGGUAUUCCAGCAGAUAUACCGCAACGUGUCCACCGUCUCGGGAGCGACUUCGGCGAAGAAGUUCUCGGUCGACAUCUUGGCCUGUAG